CUAAGAUCCCAGCAUUCCCUUCGUACCGCCGCUAAGAUGGCGGCGCCCAUCUUUCGGUGCUUUUCCCGUGGCCAGGGGCUAGGUACCCCAGGCCUGUCAGGAGUCUUACUCUUGGGGCUGCGUGAGGCCCACUCGGGCGCUCAGGGGUUGCUGGCGAUGCAGAAGGCUCGGGGUCUGUUCAAGGAGUUCUUCCCUGAGAGGGGUACGAAGACAGAGCUCCCAGAGCUCUUCGACCGUGGCACGGCGGGCAAUUUUCCCCAGACCAUCUACUGCGGCUUUGACCCCACGGCCGACUCGCUUCAUGUGGGGCAUCUGCUGGCGCUUUUGGGCCUGUUUCACUUCCAGCGAGCGGGCCACAACGUGAUCGCCCUGGUGGGAGGCGCCACGGCGCGCCUGGGAGACCCAAGCGGCCGUACCAAGGAGCGGGAGGCGCUGGAAGCAGAGCGCGUGCAAAGCAACGCGCGCGCCCUGCGCCAAGGGCUCAAAGCCCUGGCGGCUAAUCACCAGCAGCUCUUCGCUAAUGGGCGGACCUGGGGCAAUUUCACCGUGCUGGACAACUCGGCGUGGUACCAGAAGCAGGACCUGGUGGACUUCCUAGCGGCAGUGGGCGGCCAUUUCCGCAUGGGCACGCUGCUAAGCCGGCUGAGCGUGCAGACUCGGCUCAAGAGCCCCGAAGGCAUGAGUUUGGCAGAGUUUCUAUACCAGGUGCUCCAGGCCUAUGAUUUCUACUACCUGUUCCAGCAUUAUAGAUGCCGGGUCCAGCUGGGUGGAUCUGAUCAGCUGGGCAAUAUCAUGUCCGGAUACGAGUUCAUCCACAAGUUGACUGGAGAAGAUGUAUUUGGAAUCUCUGUUCCUCUAAUUACAAGUACAACUGGAGCGAAACUGGGAAAGUCUGCUGGCAAUGCUGUGUGGCUAAACAGAGAUAAGACAUCUCCUUUUGAAUUGUAUCAAUUUUUUGUCAGGCAGCAAGAUGAUUUGGUAGAAAGGUACCUGAAGCUCUUCACUUUUCUGCCCCUUCCAGAGAUUGACCACAUAAUGCAGCUGCAUGUCAAAGAGCCAGAAAAGCGGGCUCCUCAGAAACGACUUGCUACAGAAGUAACAAAGCUUGUUCACGGACAAGAAGGGUUGGACUCUGCUAAAAGGUGUACACAAGCCCUUUAUCAUAGCAGCAUAGAGGCACUGGAGGUCAUGUCUGAUCAAGAGUUAAAAGAAUUAUUUAAAGAAGCUUCAUUUUCUGAAUUAGUUCUUGACCCUGGAACAAGUGUCCUAGAUACCUGCCGCAAAGCAAAUGCCAUUCCAGGUGGCCCCCGAGGGUAUCGGAUGAUAACAGAAGGUGGAGUCAGUAUAAAUCACAGACAAGUAACAAAUCCUGAGAGUGUUUUAGUUGUUGGACAACAUAUUCUUAAGAAUGGACUUUCGUUACUUAAAAUAGGAAAAAGGAACUUCUACAUUAUAAAAUGGCUUCAGCUAUGAUGAAAACUCCUUCCAGUGGUUCAAACUUAUCCAUCAUUCAUUCUCAAGAUGUACGAAUUUAUACCUUCACUUACGCAACUCAAAGAUAAAGAAUGCAGUGUACUCUAGGCCUCACAGUGUGAGUAAUUUCAUUAUUUAUAUAGGUUGGUUCAGUUUGUGUAAUAGUGGGAUAUUUUAUUUCCUGAUCCUUAAACAUUAAGGACUACCACAGAAAAGCAUGAUUUCUAGGGUUAAUCUCUUUUAAUAAUUAUGCUUCAUGAAAAACUAAAUGCUGUCUUUCCUAUCCUGUCCUUGCUGUUUUUAAGAUGAGGAGGAACAAUGAAAAAGAGGUAGUAUAAGUAAUUGUGGAUACUUUUAUAUCAGGUGUGUAUCUCAUUAGAGGUUUUUUGUUGUUUAGGAAGCAAAUACAGCUCUCCAUAAAAAGGGAGAAAAGUUAGAGGAAGCCAUAGCUGGCAUUAGAAAUUACAGUAGAAAUAGUUUCUUUUCAAGGAAAAGAAAA